UGAACAAUGUUAUUACAAGAUUGUUGCAAGCGGUUCCAGAAGUGACUAAUCAUCAGCCGCUCGUGUAUGUUGGAAACUCAAAAAGAACAAAAAGGCACCGAAGACAAUUACAACAGAAAGCUGUGGUUGGAACACCCAAGCUAGAAUUAUUUUGGUCAUCAUGA